UGUUACGAGAUGUGUAGCUUACAGGUUUGUGUGUUUCUGAGCGUGCUCUGCUAUGUGUCCAAUAAAGAGGUCAGAGCACCAGUAGGACUCCUGACUCCAACCUGCGUGGAGAGCUACCACCAGAUAUUUGUAAGAAGAGUGGUGCCUCCGCGUAACUACCGGUACUUCCAUGAGGUACUUGCGGGAGAGGAGCCUUCCACCAACGCGGCAGUUAAUAUCCGUUGGAGGAUUGUCGGCGGGCAGAAGAUCUCAAUUGAAGAUGUGCCUUACCAAGUCAUGUAUGGAAAAUACUGCGGGGGGACCCUCAUCGCGCCCAACUGGGUUAUCACGGCAGCUCACUGUAAAGCAAAAGAACCUUACGUGUACGCCGGUUCAACCUUCAGAAGUGAGGGAGUGCCAUAUCACGUGUGCGCCCAUUUUGUGCACCCGCUGUGGAACACGUCCAACCUUCACUCCCACGAUUACGAUUACCAGCUGCUGCUGCUGGAGACUCCCAUUCCGGUCAGCAGUGUCUCCAGACCCAUAGCUAUUGGCACAAAGAGUGACGUCAAGGCUGGUGCCAUGACGUCCAUUAGUGGGUGGGGACACCUUCAAUACAAAAAAAGCAGCAUGCAAGACUACCUGCACCGCGUAUUCGUGCCCGUCAUGGCGCGUAGCGAGUGCAGGCAGAUGCCGGAAGGCAACUACGACAAGAUCACGCCCCGGAUGUUUUGCGCGGGCUACGUCUCGGGCGAGAAGGACUCCUGCCAGGGUGACUCCGGCGGUCCCGUGGUGAUCAACGCCAAGCUGGUGGGACUGGUAUCCUACGGAGUGGGCUGCGCAGCCCCCAGGCGGCCAGGCGUCUAUUCCAACGUGCCCAUGGCCCGAGAGUGGAUCCGAUCCGUCACCGGCCUGCCUUUGUAAACCCUGCGAAGCUUUUUGUGACAGAGCUCGUGCAAAGUU